ACUUUGAAAGACCUCUAAAAGGUCCCAACUAUAAGAAUGUGUAAGAUUAUCCUAAUUUCAGAAAUAAACCUAAAAAAAGACUUUGAAAGACCUCUAAAAGGUCCCAACUAUAAGAAUGUAUAAGAUUAUCCUAAUUUCAGAAAUAAACCUAAAACAAAGACUUUGAAAGACCUCUAAAAGGUCCCAACUAUAAGAAUGUAUAAGAUUAUCCUAAUUUCAGAAAUAAACCUAAAAAAAGACUUUGAAAGACCUCUAAAAGGUCCCAACUAUUAGAAUGUAUAAGAUUAUCCUAAUUUCAGAAAUAAACCUAAAAAAAAAAGACUUUGAAAGGCCUCUAAAAGGUCCCAACCAUACGAAUGUAUAAGAUUAUCCUAAUUUCAGAAAUAAACCUUAAAAAAAGACUUUGAAAGACCUCUAAAAGGUCCCAACUAUAAGAAUGCAGGAAGGAAUGACUUGCAGGAGGCAAUGCAAGUAGUAUGGGCUGGAAAAUGCUAGUCUCCUAUCUAUGGGGGGUUCGGGACCAGUAUAGUCCUCACAUGGACGAACCCAAGUACAACAAGGACGAGUCCAUCUACUCCAUCGUCCAUCCCCCCUACUCCAGGAGUCCCUAUAGGAGUCCCUACAAGGUGCCUGGAUACAGGAUGAACCAGAAAAAUGGCCCAGGCUGCAGAGUGUAUCAGAAAACAAGUCCAAAUUAUCGGCCAGGGUCGCCGGCUUUCAGGAGAAAAGGACGAUUAAAAAAGCAGGGGUCUGUUUCUCCGAACCAUUUCUCCGGAUCCCGUAUUAAACCCUCCGGAGAAGUGAAACCCCGAGGUAUUCCUGUACGAACUAGAACCCGUCCUAGCUCCGGGUCUGCCGGAGACACCACUCCUCGAAGCUCAUCUAGUAAGGAGAGUACUCCUAGCCCUGUUCACAGUCCCAGGUCCUCCAUCUACGGAGAGUUCUCAAAAAUCCCAAUCAGUAAGAGCCAAGAGGAUCUAAUAAAAAGCGUUCAUUUGCGAAGUUUUGAGGGAUCACGUGGUCUUCCUAGGUCCCAGAGCAGUACUCUAAAACCCCCGGAGAUAUAUUCCAGCUCCUCCUCCUCCCGUCUAGCCAACUCCGUUGAAGUUCUAAGUUCGUUGGAUUCCUCAGAUCUAGUUUCAAGAAGGAAACCCUCUCCGGGCAGUAAACUUGGACAGUCCUUCACUUCAAUCCGUCCUGCUCAGGGUGCUAAUCCAAGCUCUGCUCAGGGUUCUAAACCAAGCACUGCUGGGUCCAGGAUUCCUCCUCCGGCCUCCAGGAGUUUAAAUAGAUCCUUACCAACCUCAAAUAUCAGGUCUUCGUCCUCUCCCCGACUACCGAGGACGGUAGAGAGGACAGGGAAAACAGAGUCGAGGCUGAGAACUCCGUCUCAGGGUUCAAAUACAGCUAGGACAGUUAAUCCUUCUCCAGGUACACUCAACAGUCCCAGGAAACAUGAUCAAAGUGAAACAAUGAUUGGUCAAGGGAUUAAUUCCAGUUUGCACCGGGAAACGUUUAGUAAAUCCAACACUAAACGGAAGCUGCUGAAAACGGAAGCAGAAAAAGUUUUAAAAGAUCAACUUUCGCGGGGUAAAAUCCCCCCUAGGGCUAAAUUCCGUGCAGACGAUGAAAUCAGUAUAGGGGAACCCGAGUACAGAGUUAUCCCAAUCCAUAAAGAGGAAAGUGAAUCGUGUAGUAAGGAGUCAAAAACAUCUCCCGUCCUGGGAGACGUUGCCAAGUCGGGAGACAGUACCGGAGACACCGAACCCUCGGACGGACGGAGGAAUUCAAUCCCGACUCCGAACCGAGCCAGUAAGAGCGCUAGCCUGGAUAAUUAUUAUAAACCAGAAAUCCAUUCUCCGAAACCACACAAGCUGCCGAGUGGGAAGGGUUCGAGUUCAAGUUUUUUCUCCAGGUUGUCCAGUUUAAGGGUUAGUUUGAACGGACGGAGAUCUCCGGGUAUAAUUACACCACACACCACUAGUAGUGAUACGGGAUUCUUUCAAGGUAUCUCAACAAAAUCUAAGUACUGUCUUUCUUCAUAUGAAAUCCGCCACAGUAAUUAUCUUAUAACCCCGCCGUUAGUGAAGCUUGCUAAACCGCCGAAGCGCAAACGUCCCCGGCUUCUCCCGUUGGCGUCGGGACUGAAACGUAGUUUAAGUUUCAACGAUGCCCAGCUAAUCGCCCAGGCGGUAACAGAAGGCGAUUGUAAACUCCUGGAAGACCUUUACCCGUUCUUCCCUCAAUCCGAUAACAUUUAUACCGUGAUUAAACCAGUGAAAGAAAUCGAUAUGAUGGUGAAACCGGUUUUCGGCGGGGAGGCAGAGCGAUGGCGGGCUGGUCGGCGGGUAUCGGCGGGUCGAACGAGCGCUCAGAAUGUUUCUACACUUAUCAUUGGGAAAGAAAAAGUUCAUGAGGACGGACGAUUCUCCGGAGAAGUGUCUACUCCGUCCCAUCCUAGACUUGAGGUUCGGGUUCAAGUUUCAACUCCUUCUACUCCAAGUAUAAACUUCUACUGCCCCCAGGAGCCUAGUCCUAUAAUCUCCCCCUGGGGUAGGACUAGUAGCUCAUCCUUAUCAUCUAGAGCCAGUGCAUCGUCCAUAGCUGGGAGGACGAGCAGCGUGUCCUUAAACAACAGGACGAACAGUAGGACGAAAAUACUAAGUCCUGUCAUAACUAAACCGGACAAUGUUGUCCUGGUGGAAUGCAAUGGUAAUGGGAUAACAGGCAAUCAUCCGUUCAUUCAGCGAAUCCAAAACCAGAGCAGUCGAGCCAACCAAACCCAACCAGUUAUUCCUGUUUCUGCGUCCCAGCUCGGACCAAAUUCUCAGCUGUCCAUUUCCAGCUCCAGUAGGGAGUCAGACCUUGCUCCAAGCUCUAGUAGGGAAUUGGAGUCGGGGACAUACCGAACCUUAAACUUUGAUCCAUUCAGAAACGUUCUCAGUCUCGCGGACAGUAAUAUCAGUCAGGCCGAAUCCAUCCUCUCCUCCCUGGGUUGCGAGAGGUCUGGAGUUCGGUCGGAUUCGGAUUCAGAUCCGUCCAGUCUAGGGCUCAGUUCGGAUAUUGAAACCAAUAUUCGUAAACUGGAGAAAACCCAGGCUAAGAUUAACGCGGCGUUGGAAACCUUCAGAACUGUUCAAAUUUCCUCAGCAUCUCCGGGUCCUGGUUCUAUCAUUAGAUCGGAGAUAUCCUCUCCACGACCCAGUGCUAAUACGUUGGACAACGCAGAGCUAUAUAUAGGAUUCCCCAAGUCCCUGGGGAACAGACGGGAAUCCCGGCAUAGAGUAACCUACCCCCAGUCCAAGGCGGAGUUGAAAAUAAACCAGAGAAAAUUAAGUUAUGAAAUCUCUGCUCCGGAACCUGAAACUAAACCGAGAAAAACCAGCUUGUUCCGAAGACACUCCUUCAACCACAGCUAUAAGGAGAAGGUUCAGCCUAGACACGGAGACCAACCUAUCUCCGUUGGGUGGGGGGAGAGUGACUCCGAGUCUGCUCGAACCAGCGCAGUGUAUGAUGAUUGCACGUUUAGUGACUCCGAAGGUAGUUUUUCUCCGUUGAAAAAUCGAAUUCGUGGAUUACUCGGAUCCUUUGGGAAAGGACGAAAAAAGCUAGUGAAAUCACCGAAAAAGAAAGAACUGCCUUUGAGUAUGAAAGAUCCGGUUGAAUCCAGUGAUAGGACAGAUUUGUCCGGCUCCCUUUCUAUAGGACAGUUCACAGAACUGGUGAAAAGUCUGCCAGCAAAUAAUUUCUCAGCAAAAUCCAAUGAUUCAACUCAAUCUCCAGCUUUUCUAAGACCUAAGGUUCCAAAGCAGCAUAGAGCUGUUGCUGCUAACAACAGCAAUGACACAUUCUCCAGUGUCUCCACCUGCCAAAGCUUCAAUAUCAGCUCAAACAGAAACAGUGUCAUCAGCGCCCAGUCCGUCUCCUCCGAAAGUUUCGACAACAACUCCGCCUCCGAUGAAAACGGCGCCUCCACCGGCUCUCCUCCAACCAACGUCAACGACGACCUAACCCCUGAACAGCGCCAACAGCGUAAACUGUUCUUUAUAGCGCGGGAAAUCAUGAGUUCUGAGAGGGUGUAUGUUGAUGUUCUGAAAAUUCUGAAUACAGAAUUCCGCGAGUUUGUCCAAAAAGCCCGCGCAGAGUCUAAAUCCGGAAUUCUUCCGGACCAGGACUUUGUGAAGCUGUUCAGCAACCUGCCAGAGCUGAUGAUGUUGAACGAGGACCUGCUCAGGGACUUCGAGACAAGGGUGGAGAACUGGAACACCAUCAAGAAGAUCGCCGACGUGAUUGUGCGUAAGGGACCGUACCUGAAACUGUACACAGUUUAUAUUCGGGAUUUUUCCGCGAUGAAUUUCCAUUUUGAAGAAUGCUGCUCUCGGUAUCCAAAGUUUGGAAAGCUAGUCAAAGAAUUUGAGAAGCUGCCCCGUUGUCAGCGCCUAAGGUUGCAGCACUAUAUGUUAAAGCCUGUUCAACGACUGCCCCAAUAUCGUCUCCUUCUCGAGGAUUAUCUCAAACAUUUAGAUCCUGACAGCCCAGACUUCGACGAUACCACCCAGGCUCUUCACAUUGUCAGCGAGGCAGCAGAGCAUGCAAACAACACUGUCAAGCAGGGGGAUAAGUUCCAGCGAAUGCUAAAGUUGCAGAGCAGGGUGGGGGACUGGGAGCUGAUUAAACCGGGUCGGGAGCUCGUCAAGGAAGGAGAACUGAGUAAAAUAUCUAGGAAAGGAUUUGGACCCAGAUAUUUUAUCCUUGUCUCUGACUGCCUGCUGUACACGAGCUACCAGGGGACCAUGGCGGGGGAUAACACCAGCUUGAAGGUGAGCUACUCCAUCAUGUUGAACCAGCUUACGGUGAACCUGCCCCCCUGCCAGGACAGGGAGUACAACACAGAGUUUUCUAUUACCAGCAACGUUAGGAGUUGUACUCUGAGAGCAAAAGAUGUAGCUGAGAGAAAUGAAUGGUUGGAUGCCUUGAACACUGCUAUAGAGGACUACAGGAGCAGGAAGGCGACAUUUAACAUCGGAGAUACCAUGUCCCUGGGGAGGGGAGAGGGAAAACUGGGAGAAUCUGCCCCAGUCUGGAUUCCAGACCAGAGGGUUACCAUGUGUCAGGUCUGUGGUGGUGAAUUUAACCUUGUAGUCCGACGUCAUCACUGCCGUGCCUGUGGUAAGGUGGUGUGCACCAACUGUAGUAGGAACAAGGCACCCUUGAGAUACAAGGGUUGGGAGCAGCACAGAGUUUGUGAUACAUGCUUCGACCAUCUCGAGAAAUUACAUGGUGAAGAUGAGGAGCUAAGAUCUCGGUUUAAAAAACGGGAUCACAGUAGAUCUGUUGGCAAAUAUAUCCCUCAAAGGUUAAAACUACCAGCUAACUCUGAGAACUCUGAGAUGUCUGGACACCUGCGGAGACGGCUAAAGAAUAAUAAAUGGAAGAGGUCCUGGUUUGUUCUAAAAGAGAGAGUUCUGUAUAUAUAUAGAGCUAGUGAGGAUACAGUAGCAGCAGAAACUCUUCCUGUUCUAGGCUGGACUCUUCAACCCCUAGCAGAGAAGCUUUUGCUAGAGCCUGGAGAGUCAGGGUUUCAGCUUUCUCACCCUAACAGUGAAACCUUGAUAUUUGUCGCGGAGAAUAAAACCUAUGCUGAUAAAUGGAUCGCAGAGCUAAACAUUGCCAGUAAUCUUUAAACCUGAAGAUAUAUUUAAACCUUCAGAUAUUUUCAAAUCUGGAAAUAUUUUCAAACCUGGAUAUAUAUUUGAACCUAAAGAUAUCUUUAAACCUGGAUAUACAUCUUUAAACCUGGAGAUGUGUCUUUAAACCUGGAGAUUUGUCUUUAAACCUGUAGAUAUAGGUUUAAACCUGGAGGUAUCUUUAAACUUCAGGAUAUCUUAGAACCUGGAGAUACAUCUUUACACCUGGAGUUAUAUCUUUAAACAUGGAGAUAUCUUUAAACCUGGAGAUAUAUCUUAAAACCUGGAAAUAUCUUAAAAUCUGGAUAUAUCUUUAAAUCUGGAGAUGUGUCUUUAAAGUUUUUAAACCUAGAGAUAUGUUUUUAAACCUGGAUAUAUCUUUAAACCUAGAGAUAUGUCUUUGAACCAUGCGAAAUAUCUCCAAACCUGGAGAUAUAUUCAAACCUGGAGAAAUAUCUUUAAAUCUGGAGAUAUCUUUAAACCUGGAGGUAUAUUCAAACCUGGAAUUAAAGUAAAAUGUCUUUAAUUCGCCAUGACAUCAUAUGGUCCAUUGCAUACUCAAAAUGCUAGCUCUAUUAAUACAUCUCUAAUCCUUGGUUGUUAUUUUUACAACGUGUUGCCACCGGUAUGAUGUAAUACUGCCACCGGCAUGCUGUAAUACUGUCACCAGCAUGCUGUAAUACUGUCACCGGCAUGCUGUAAUACUGCCACCAGAAUGCUGUAAUACUGCCACCAGCAUGCUGGAUGCCCACUAGUUUAGCAUGCUGUUGUGCCAAAGGUUGCAAAGUUAAAAAUGAAAAUUCAUUCUUUCCAAAUUGAUAAAAUUCAUCCAGUGUAAAUAUUUAGAUAGAUUUCCUAGUCCUGUACCCACAAUAAAUAAUUUGUGAUCAAAAUAAAUUUGUUGCUUCGUUAAGUGUUGUGUACAUAUUGUACACGACAAAAAAUAAACAAUAUUAACUGUA